AUGGACAGCUUCAUCUGUUCCCCCUUCAGCACGCACCAGAACUUGAGGAGCAGCCCCACGCUCGGCCGCGGCUGGGACACUGCGCCCAAGCAGCCCAGCUGGAAGCAGAGCAAGAGCGGCAGCAUCAGCCCCUUCCUCGGGGGGCCCUUCACGCCGCUGCCCUCCGACUACCUGGACAGCUACCGGCGGGCGCAGCUCCAGGCGCUGCUGUCGCAGGUGGGCCCCGCGCUGGCGCCGCGGCCACGGCGGGCCAGCACGAAGGAGGCGGCGGUGCAGGUGAGCCUGCGGGCCGACGUGGCCGUGCAGUGCUCGCUGGGGCCGCGCACGCUGCCGCCCGCCUGCGCCUUCAGCCCCUCCGCCCUGCACGCCCCGGGCCGCCUCGCCCUCUACUCACCCGCGCCCGACCGCCGCCUCUUCCCGCCGCCCGACGCCGCGCCGCUCCCCGAGAAGGCAGCGCCGGCCGAGGAGAUCCCGACGGCGGAUGGCGGCGAGGAGCAGCAGGAGAGCCUGGCGGGGGCCGCGCUGCCGCCGCGCCAGGACCCCGUGGGGACGCGGCGGGAGGGGACCGCGACUCCCAGGCAGGGAUCUGCCUUCCAGUUCUUGGAGCAGAAGUAUGGCUAUUUCCACUGCAAAGACUGCAAGACCCGAUGGGAGAGUGCUUAUGUGUGGUGCAUUUCUGGAAGCAACAAGGUGUACUUCAAGCAGCUGUGUCGCAAGUGCCAGAAAGGCUUCAAUCCCUAUCGGGUGGAAACAAUCCAGUGCCAGAUCUGUUCCAAGACUCGUUGCUCUUGCCCUCAGAGGAAGAGACAUAUUGAUCCCAAGAGACCUCAUCGCCAAGAACUCUGUGGCCGCUGCAGAGGAAAAAGGCUGUCCUGUGAUAGCACUUACAGCUUCAAAUACGUUGUCUGAUCCAUGUGCCCUCUUCUGUUUUGUGCUUUGCACUUUGUCUAUUGCAAUGUUUUGACUUAAGGCUUUUGACUUGGCAUUGGAUAAUGGAUGAAGACUUCGGUGUUAUUGUAAAGUAUAAUAACUUAAAGUAUGUAAUUUCACUGAAUAUAUGCUGUAAUAAAGUUCAAAAAAAAGUUUGCACUAGUUUGAUACCCCUUAGUUUCAGCCUCCUUGGCUGAAAGAGAAAAGUAUAUCUGAAAGGGAGCAACCCAUUUGAUUUCCUAAAGAUAGUAGACUUUGUUUUGAAGUCUUCAGGGAAUGCUAAGAUUUAGGCUACAAUAGUGUGUUUUUCCUUCAGCCACUCAAACUGAACAAGGGUGGAAGAUGCAAAUAUUCUGGAGGGUAAAGUCUGGUGUAAAUGCAAAUGUGUCUUCCCCCUGCCUCUGUCAAAUGCAUAUAUAAAAACCACAGCUGCUUGGUAGUUGAAGACUAUCAGCCAGAACAAGACUAUGGCUCUAAAAUAGGCAGGAAAAGGGGUGUAAGUGCCCAUGUUUGAGAUGAGGAGGGGAAAAACUUUCUGGUAGUAUCAGUGGUAGUGUAAAAAACACUCUUUAGGGUAGAAGGAAGUUCAGAGGUUUUCAUAGUCAGCAGAAGACCAGUGAAACUAUUUUUGCUGUUGUAGUCUUCCAUGCUGAGUUGUGAGGAUUUUUGGUCAGGC